GCGUCUCCGCAUAAUUGUUACGCACGACAGAUAGAGGCUCUAACCCUUCUCGCGCGAGCAACCUGACAUGUUCCCUAGUUUGCAGCCGUCGAGGCCAAAGCCUCACCAGCAACCCGCAACACCCUCAUUCGCGCACCAACAGCGACGCGCCGCGCAUCCGCCAUCACAAGCCUCGCAACAACCUACAACGCAGCCUUCAAACCCAUUCACCAACGUUUCGAAACCACGAUCACAAAUCGAAGCUAUGCCACCCUUUGGCCCCCCACAGACGCCAGCUGCCUUCUUCACACCCAUCUACGACAGCGCGAUACGGCAUCCAGUAUUCUUCACGCAAAAUCUGAAAAAGCCGCCGUUUCCCAUACCACAAGCCGCUAGUCAAGGCUGGAGUCCAGUGGCGAGUGGCUAUGUCAUGGAGCAGAGGCGAGCAGAGGUGACGGGGAAGACGAAAUUAUGAUCAUGAAGUAACGUGUACAAGCAUUGGGCGGCGUCGAGGAGUUCAAGGUGUCCGAUUUGCACUCAACUGAUGAGAUUGAAAGACAUGCGACAUCUGCAAGCUAUACGAGCUCUGGUCAGCCACGUUCGUGGAUGCCUUGGGCUCGACUUCAGAUUGUCUUGAUUAGGAAACUCGCUGUUUUGAAUUGUGCUACCCUUAUAUUGCUUGUCUUCUUCUAGUAAUGCAUGCUACCUAGUGUAGCGGGUAUCUCUAGCAGCGGUCACGUUUAGACAUAUCCCUCCCUUCCGUUCCAGAGCUCCUUCAGACCCCACACAUCCGAAUUCCUACAAGCUCUGCCGGCCUACAAGCUUGCUGGGUAACAGGGCUGUCGUGAUGACACAGCCCAGUGUUACUCCUCCAGCUAGAUAUAAAACACUGUUGAUGUCC